AUGUCUCUUAGAGAAGUGUUUAAGCCUAAAAGCUUGAAGAUCUCUACCACGUUUAUCGACGCAGAUGGGAGAGAAAAACAGAUCGAAACUAGGGAAGACGAAGAACAGUCCCAGAAACUGCAAGAAAUUGUAGAUCUGUUAAUUGCAGCUGGAUAUUUUCGUGCUAGAAUUAAAGGCUUAUCUCCAUUUGACAAGAUUAUUGGAGGUCUUACUUGGUGCAUAGAUAAUUGUAAUGUUGACUUGGACAUUAAUCUGCAUUUCGAUGAAUCUUUAGUCAUCGGUCAAAAGAUAGCACUCACAGAAAAAAUUGUGUCCGUCCUACCUCAAAUGAAGUGUCCUUACCAGAUUGAGCCGCAUCAAAUUCAGGGCCUUGAUUAUAUCCAUGUAUUUCCUGUUGUUCAAUGGUUAGUGAAGCGUUCCAUAGAAAAAAGAAAAGAAAGAGGUGAAUUCUUGAUGCUCUAUGCUGCUAAUCAAUUUGAUAAGUUAAUUUGUUUUAAAAAUGUCUUGGAAAGUGAACCCAAACAUAAGGAAAGAUGUAACCAUCUUAAAAAAUGUUUGACGGGCAAUAGGACAAAUAAAUCCUUUCACAAGGAAGAGCAGAGAAUAAUGGAAUGUAUUGACGAUAUAUCUGAACCUGAAGACAUGGAAAGUUGUGAAUGGUUUAUUAAAAAGCCUUUUGAUGCCAAUGACUUUAUUGAGACUGUGAUGACAGAUGAAGAAAAAAUUGCCAAGUUAAAAGAAGAAAAUGAAAAACUAGCUGAAGAGUUAACACAAGCUCAAAAAGAAACAGAAAAAAUUGAGUGUAAAAUAGAAAAAAUAACUUUGCAGAAUAACAACAUGGGUGAGGAUAGAAAACGGGAACAUGAAAAAAUUAAAAUUCUUCUAACCGAGUAUGAAAACGUGAAGGAAACCGAAGAAACAUUUCAAAAAGAGUGUGAAAUAAAAAUGGAAGAGUACCAGCAAAAAAUAGAGAAAGCUAGAGCAUUGCUCGAAGAGCCAGUAGAAGACGAUACGGAACUCAAAGAAGAAUUAGAAAAUAUUAGAAACAUGGUGGAAGCAGCUAGAACAAAACUGAGUAAAAAAGCUAGGGCUGUGGGACUAAUGAAACGAAAACUCGAUCAAAUACCCGACAGAGCUGAAUUGGCCCAAUACCAAAGACGAUUUGUUGAGCUGUCCAAUGAAGUGUCAGCCAGGUAUCGAGAGACAAAACGACAUUACGCUCUCUACAAUACUCUUAGUGAUGUCCAAAUGUACUUGAAUAAAGAGCUAUCACUAUUGAGUUCAAUUCUGGACGCUUAUCCAGAAGCAGAAAAGUCACCAGAGUCAAAAGAACAGUUUUUGAGGCAGUUAGAAAACAUAGAUGUUAGCGUAAAACAAACUUUAGACAGGGUGGAAAGUAAAAGAAACAAGGAGCAAAGUAUUAAGACUAAUCUAAACAACCAGUUGUCCACUUGUAUGUCAGCUCACCGACAAUAUUUAGCUGCCGUAAAAGAGCUUGAGACUGAAGUACAAAAAAAUCUCCAACUUCAAGAACAGAUUGAUCAACUUUAA